AUGAAUAACCCUCAGUUUGCAACCCUUCAACGAAUUGUUAGUCAAGAACCAUUACAUCCAACACAAAACAUACCAAUUGAAGUAAAAAUGGAACAAAGUCCUAUGAUUGUAUCAACUGAUUUAGAGACAUUGUGUAGAAAGAAAGUAUUAGAAGAUAUAUGUGAAUAUUUAAUGGAUCAAGACAUAGAAUGUGGAUUAUUUAAUCAACUAAUUCAAAAUGAGUAUAUUAAUCCAGACGAAUUGUCACAAAAUUAUAAAAAGAAAAGAACAUUAAAAUAUGCAUUACAAAUAAUUAAUGGAAUUGAUCCAAAUUGUCCACAAGUAGAAUCUUUAGGAAAAAUAUCAGAAUGUGUUAUUCAACUUUUUCAAGAAGACUCAAAAAGUGAAAUAUUAAAACCAUUACCUUCACUAAUUGGACUUACUGGAAUGAUUACUUUGUUUUAUCAAUACGUUUCUAAAAAAGUUCAAACUCAAGCAAUGUGGGAUUGGCUCGAUUUAUUACUUCCUGCAUUGUCACAACUUCCUUAUUUAAAAACAAGUCGUUCAUGUAGUGAAGAAGCAAUUGAUAUAUUAUCAGAAACUGAAAUACCAGAUAAUUUAACUAAUCCUGAAGAUUUUCUUAUGAGAAUUACUUCUAUUCAUCAAAUUAUUGCAAGGUAUCCAGUUAUUGCAACACUUGAACAUAUUAAAACUCAAUUAGAGAAAUAUCAACAAUCAUUAAGUCCAAGUUUAGUUCAGCAAUUAAUUUAUCAGUAUUAUGCAGAACCUGUUAAAUUACCUGUUGGACUAUAUGAUAAUAAAGUAGAUGAUUUAUCUUUAACUAAUAAAGUUAAUAAAAAGAAAAAUGAAAAAGUUAAUAAACCAGUACGUCAACCAGUUGAUGAAAAUGGUCAAAUAAUUAAAAAAAAGAAAAGAAGAUUCACUGAAGAAGAAACACAAAACUUAAUAGAAGGGGUUCAACAAUUCGGUAUUGGUCAUUGGAAAUUAAUUUUAAAUAAUUUUAAAUUCGAUGAUAGAAGUUGUGUUGAUUUAAAAGAUAAAUGGAGAAAUCUUGAAUUCUCUAGACUUAGAAAUAAUAAACAAAAAUCAAAUGAACCUAUUAUGGCUCAUCCUAAUAAUGAACAAGAAAAAAAUACACUCCCGUCAGUUGGAAAUGCCUUAAUUCCUCCUAGUUUAAUGUCUGAUGGAUUUAAACAAUUGGAUCUUUCUCAAUAA